CUCUCGUCUUGGCUAGAAAUUUUUAGAGCAACCCAAAGGAAAGCUUGGUUUCCCUCUCUCCCUCUCAAAGCUUGUUUCUUUCAUUUCUCGAGAAGCCAGCACAGGAGAGAGAGAGAGAGCGAAAGUCAGACUCUGCUCACCGAACCCCAAAAACCAAAGUCAACGCCGGAAACCAAGAAGAAGAGGAGAAUCCCUUCUCUGUCUCUCUCUCUCUCUCUCUCUCUAGACUUCUUCUUCUCUCUAUCUCUCUCUUCCUUCCCUGCGGCGACCAUGUCCGCGCGCCCGCCGCCGCCGCCGCGACCGCACCUGGCGCUGCCGCCGCGCUCGGCGGCGGAGUCGCUCUUCACGGGCGCCGGCGACGCCAGCCCCGGCCCGCUCACGCUCGCCUCCGCGCUCUUCCCCUCCGACGCCGACGCGGGGGGCGGCGGCGCCUCCUCCGGGGCGUCCGGGGCCGCGAGCUUCACGCAGCUCCUCACCGGCUCCUUCGCGCCGCAACAGCAGCAGCAGCGGCAGCAUGAGGCCGCGGAGAGGGGGCGAGGCGGCGGGGUCGCGAGGGCCGGGCCGGCGCUGUCGGUGGCGCCGCCGGCGUCGGCGGCCUCGGGCGCGUCCGUAUUCACGGUGCCCCCCGGCCUCAGCCCCUCCGGCCUGCUCGACUCCCCCGGCCUGCUCUUCUCGCCGGCCAUGGGGGGGUUUGGAAUGUCGCACCAGCAGGCUCUUGCUCAAGUUACAGCUCAAGCAAGCCAUUCUCCACUCAGAAUGUUAGACCACAUUGAGCAACCAUCUUUUUCAGCAGCUGGAGCAUCGUCUGGAGCUCUACAACCUAUGAACUCUAGUGCCAGUAUGACUGGAAUGCCAGAUAUGGCAAUUACACCAGCAAACAAUGACAAUGCAUCUUUGCAAUCCGCUGAGGCAUCUCAGAGGUAUCAAGUCAAUGCUCCUGUUGAUAAACCUGCUGAUGAUGGCUAUAACUGGCGGAAAUAUGGUCAGAAGGUGGUGAAGGGCAGUGAUUGCCCGAGGAGCUAUUACAAAUGUACUCAUCCCAAUUGUCCAGUCAAGAAAAAGGUAGAGCAUGCAGAAGACGGUCAAAUAUCUGAGAUCAUAUACAAAGGAAAACACAAUCACCAACGUCCACCAAAUAAGCGGGCAAAAGAUGGCAACUCUUCAGCAGCUGAUCAAAAUGAUCAAUCUAAUGAUACCACAUCUGGAUUGUCAGGCGCCAAGAGAGAUCAGGAUGCUAUAUAUGGGAUGUCUGAACAAGUAUCUGGUUUAAGUGAUGGAGAUGAUAUGGAUGAUGGUGAAUCAAGGCCACAUGAAGCGGAUGAUGCUGAUAAUGAGAGCAAAAGAAGAAAUAUACAAAUUUCUUCACAAAGGACCUUGUCAGAGCCUAAGAUCAUUGUGCAAACAACCAGUGAAGUUGAUCUUUUGGAUGAUGGUUAUAGAUGGCGUAAGUAUGGGCAGAAGGUAGUCAAAGGAAACCCUCAUCCAAGGAGUUACUACAAGUGCACAUUUGCUGGAUGCAAUGUUAGGAAGCACAUCGAAAGAGCAUCGUCAGACCCUAAGGCUGUCAUAACAACCUAUGAAGGAAAACACAACCAUGAACCACCAGUUGGUAGGGGUGGCAGCCAGAAUGCAGGAAUGUCACAACAGAAAGGGCAGAACAGCAUAUCUAGUAAUCAACACUACAGCAACACUAACCAGAUGCCAAUUGGGAUCUUACAAUUCAAGAGCGAACAAUAGUAAUGUCCAUUUUGACUCCGUUCAGAACCUCGCUGUUCACAGUUAUUUGGAUGAUGUUCCUUUUGGCAAAUAUCAGAUGCCUGCAAUUCGUACAGUCAUAUGGCAUCAGUGGUUCUAAAAAUUUGAUAAUUCAAUGGUAUCAGUUUGCAGUUUCUUUCCAUAGAUGCACAGGAUAGCUGAUACAGAACCAUCCUUUCUAGUUUGUACUUGUACAUGUUAUUAAGUCGAAGCAUGCAAAAUGUAAUACCAGCUAGGUGGAAGUUAUUUAUACAUGUUUACGGUGGUUUAUAGAUGGAUCAGUGGUAUACAUGUUUAUCUUAUGAUUUUAUUCCCAACAAGAUCUUGUAUGUAUUGUAAUAAGAUUGAAAAGAGAAGUGAAUGUACAGAUGUGCUUCAGUUAAGCUUGUUUGUUGUAAUUUGCAAAAUUAAUCAGAGACGCCACAGUUUUGGGCCAUUGCUAA